AUACACAUGUUCUCUUCCACAGAUUGGGGUGUAUAAAUACUUGUGUGGCGUUUGUUUGACGUGACACUCCCCCCUUGUCGAGAGGCCGACGUCACCCUGCCAGCGGAGGAGUGGAUGGCCUCUGUAAUAAAAACACAUGAAGAGAAUUGAGGAAAAGGGGAAGAUUGGCCGGGGGAAAGGCAACAACACGGCGGUUUUCGCUUUCUUCACCAUUCUGAUGAGCCAUGGACGUGAACGCCUCUUAAAACAGACGGGAUAUAUGCUGCUCGCGGCAUCGACAGUUCCGGCUGAAAUGCCAUGUUAUGUGUGGCUUUCAUGGUUUUUUUGAGCAGACAGCGAGAGAUAACUGUACUGUAUCCCAGCCUAGCGGAUUGGAGUGAAAGUCCGCCAUAUUCUGCUUUACCACGCCCGGGAGUCGAGCCGUUGGAAAAUUAAACGGACAGCUUUAUUCAUGUGUUUUCCCCGUUGCUUUCACCCACGGACGAUUACUUGAACACAUUGGUUUUGUUGAUUGAAAAAUAAGACUUUGAAGAGAGGUGGCAGGGCACGGAUGGCAAUGCUUAACGAGAUCACACCGAGCAGUAUUGAGGAUGUGUCUUAAAAUGAUCUGUUGAUCAUAUUGAGAAGGAAAAGCCGAUUACACCAAUUAAGAUUGAACAGAUAUUCAACCCAACCUGCUUUGGACACUAUUUUGAAGCUCACGGGAAGCCCAGAAAGCGAACCGAAACGGGGUGUCAAUAAUUUCUAAACUAUAACAAUUUCCUUUCAACCACAAUCUGUGCGCUUUUCGGGCUCAUUAUAAGGGCGUCCACGCGUUAUUCACCACACGCAGGCCUGUAUAAGGACGUUAUUUGGGGAUCACAGGCCUCUGCUUUUUAAAUUUUUUACACCGACGCAUUUGAAAUCUGAAUGAAUCAGUAAGAGGGAAAAGUGCGUGUUUGAAAAAAGGAGAGAGAAUGACACUGGAAUCCAUAAUGGCGUGUUGCCUCAGCGAGGAGGGGAAGGAAGCCAGGCGGAUCAACGACGAGAUCGAGAGGCAGCUCCGCCGGGACAAGAGGGACGCACGCCGGGAGCUGAAACUGUUGCUUCUCGGCACUGGGGAAAGUGGGAAGAGCACAUUCAUCAAACAGAUGAGGAUUAUCCACGGCACCGGGUAUUCUGAUGAAGACAAAAGGAGUUUUACUAAACUGGUCUAUCAGAACAUAUUCACAUCCAUGCAGUCCAUGAUCCGAGCCUCGGAGACGCUCAAGGUGCCCUACAAAUACGAGCUCAACAAGGGCCAUGCCAACCUUGUGAAAGAGGUGGACGUAGAAAAGAUCAGCAUGUUCGAGAAUCCCUACAUAGAUGCAAUCAAAAGCUUAUGGAAUGACCCAGGCAUCCAGGAGUGCUACGAUCGAAGGAGGGAAUACCAACUCUCAGACUCCACUAAAUAUUACCUGAACGCGUUGGACCGGAUUUCGCUGCCGUCCUACCUCCCCACCCAGCAGGAUGUGUUGAGGGUUCGAGUCCCAACCACGGGAAUCAUUGAAUACCCGUUUGACCUGCAGAGUGUCAUAUUCAGGAUGGUGGAUGUGGGAGGUCAGAGGUCGGAGAGGAGGAAGUGGAUCCACUGCUUUGAGAACGUCACCUCCAUCAUGUUCCUGGUGGCACUCAGCGAGUACGACCAGGUGUUGGUGGAAUCAGACAAUGAGAACCGGAUGGAGGAGAGUAAAGCUCUGUUCAGGACAAUAGUCACGUACCCCUGGUUCCAAAACUCCUCAGUCAUUCUCUUCCUCAACAAGAAGGACCUUUUGGAGGAGAAGAUCAUGUACUCCCAUCUGGUCGACUACUUCCCAGAGUAUGACGGUCCCGCGAGGGAUGCCCAAGCAGGACGGGAGUUUAUCCUCAAGAUGUUUGUGGACCUGAAUCCAGACGGCGAUAAAAUCAUCUACUCACACUUCACCUGUGCCACGGACACAGAGAACAUCCGCUUCGUCUUUGCCGCCGUCAAAGACACCAUCCUGCAGCUCAACCUGAAGGAGUACAACCUGGUGUAGAGGGGGGUGGGGCUGUCAGCGGGAGACCCCCCCACACACUGACUGAGGCAAUCUGUGAAAACAUAGAUCAUAUACACACACAAAAGAAAAUCUGAGAAAUCUAAUGGUUGCAUAAUAAUAAUAAUAAUUUAUUUGCCAUUUGUUGAUCUCUUGGUCCCCAAGGGUUAGCAAAGUAAAUGUUAUUUUGCUAUUUAAGGAGUUGAUUAAAUAUAUGGAGCAGGAGGAGGGCAAUGCAUUUAAAGUAUAAUGGUUUGCGGGGAUAUGCUGUUGAAUGUUAACAGCAAGGAUCCUCAUUUCUAGGCUUUGCGCAUUGUGAAUUUUUGUUUCGAUUUUUGGCCUAAAGAAAGAAACUACUUUGUGCAUUCAAGGUCUGGCAAAACAUUUUUCUGUCAGUUUGAUACAUCAGAGCUGGAGCAAAUGCAAUGCGCUCCCUGCCUCCUGCCUUUUUAUAGCCAAGAAGAAGAAAAAAGGUUUUUCAUUCUUUUUUUUUUUGAACCCUCCCUCCUUUCCCCUUGGUUCAUUCAGAAGCUUCGUUCCGGCCGUUUACCUUAGAUCUAUAAUUGACAGCUUUUAUUUUCCUGCAUAGGACUGAUUGGCAAGUCUCUCAAUAAAUUGGCAUAAACUGUGAUUUAAAAAAAAUGCUAUAUUGAUUUGGUAUUGAUAGACUCAUAUCGUUAUUGUUUCUAAUACAUUGCAUUGACUUUGGUACCAUCCAAUGAGUACAUUAAAAGGGGAAAUAGCCCAAGUCACAGGCUUUAAAAAAAACUUCUGAGCUUUGAGCAAGGAGAUCAGGAGGCACACCUGUUCUACACAGAUGGACGUGAUUAUUUAUGUGACUACGUUGUUAAAUGAUUAUGUUAAACUGUGCCACAUUAACGCUUUUUAUUACGGUUAUCUGUGUAUUUAUUGCCAAUGCCAAAACUAUUCAAGAACUAGACUCCACUUUGUGAGGUUUACUACUUAGAUGAAAUGAUAAGUGUUGAGGACGGGAACAGGAAGUGUUAAUGAACGCUGACUUGUCCCUUAUUGAUCGAUCGACUGAUUCCUCCAAUUAAUAUUCAACACAGUCAAUGGGACAGCCCCCCCUCACCCCUGCUCGAGCUGUCCAAUCACAACCCACUGCAAACCCCUUCUCCUAGCAUAUACACCAUCCUGUCACGCUUUAGCUUUGUCUUUAUUACACUUCUCACAACCCGGCUGUCCUGACUGUUGUUAGUCAAUAGCAGUGAAGAAUACAUUUAGCUAAUUUCUAUGUAAAAGGGCACAGUGCUGAUGAUCAGAUUGUACCAAAGUAAGCCCUUCUUCUUUCUGAUUUGCAAUUAUUUCAUUCCCAAGCUACUUAAAGUAUUUUUUGUAACAAUUCCCUAGAAAGUAAGCCUGUAAUUUACAUUUAUUGAGGCAUAGUGCAAUUAUGAACGCUAUAAUCAUUGUACAUACAUCUCUCUAUAUAUAUAUAUAUAUCGCAGCAUCUUUGUUGGCUUUGUAAUCAUUACCUUUUUGGCAGAUUGAAUGUGCGGUAUUGCAAAUAUGUAUCUAUGUAAUUGUAUUGUAUGUCUAAUGGCUAAUUCAUUUUUGGAAGAAAAAAAUAUGUUAUUUACAUGUUUGUUUUUGUUUCCUUUUUUUAAGAGGAGAAUGUAAAUGUUAUGUUUUGCCAGUUUUUCAGCAAAGAAACAUUGCUCAGCUUCAUAACGGCAUAAAGAGGAGUAUUAUUAUCCAACAAUACAUUGAUUGGUAUGCCAGCACUUAAAGCAGCUGGUUAUUUAAUUUACUUUUAUACGAAAAACUGCAGACUGAAUCCAAUCCACAGGGCUAACUUCAAUAGUUUUUAACUGGCUUCAGGAACAUAGCACUUGUCAUAUAGGUGUAAUCACAUCACCCAUUGAUUAUUCUUUAUAUUUAACUGUAUGACACAGUGUCUCCACAAGUAUUUGUCAACUUUUAGAUCUCUUAGUGUUUCGCACAUCUUGUGAUCCUUAACACUCCACCACCAACCACCUUUAGUGUGUUUUAUUUAACAAGUAGUGCUAGAACAAGGUAGUCAGGUUAAAUGUUGCUUUGUCUCAGAUUUGGUAUAAAAAUCUUAAAGACGUGAUGUUAUAAUCUGAUAUGCCAUCACCCUUAAACACAUGGACCUACACCCUGAUAGAAACGUAGUAUUAUAGUAUGUCAGUCCCAUUCACAGGUGCUUUUAUAUUUCUUCUUGAUUACUACCAUUUAAUUAAAAUGUACAGUAUUAUUUUAGACAUUAUUUAUAAGAUGACAACAUAGGAGAAGAUACAGAUCAUGUGUACAUAUUGCCUUAUUAAAUAAGCUGUGCCUCUGAAGUCCCAUACAAAGUCUGUGUUUUUAUGAGACGUGAAGCUAGUGUAGCUGAUAAAGUCCUGUUGUGCAGCUGCAGGAUUGUUUGGUUUUGGCUCGGUGGUCCCUCUUUGUUAUUCUGUGCUGUAAGAAGCCCUGGGAACGGCUUUAAAAAACGUAACUAAUAUGACAUCAUUACAGGAAACUAAAAGAACAUCAUGAGUGAAUUGUAAUCCGAACACACUUUCUAUUGAUUUCACAAUAUUGUCAAAUCAGAUUCAUAUCUUGAAAUCCAUGUGCGUUGUAAUGCCUUGUAUACAUGUGACUAGGAUUAAACAACAUUACAUUGUGCCACAAUUUGGAGUGUUUUCGGCCCUAUUUGGCUUUGGAUUGGCAUCUAACAGCCACUUUGGCAGGAAAUGAGACCUCCCGCAUAGAUCCCAUUUUCAGAUAUUUAAGCUUGCUGGUGAAAUUUCAUACCAGGAUGAUUGAUUGUGGGUGGGCAACAACCACUUCAACAAGCUAAUUUCAUCUCCAAUUCCCACUCAGUCGGCUUAAGGUAAAUCUUACAGCUACUAACCAACAGCGUGGCCUAACAGGAUAAUGUAAGGGGGCGGACUCAUCACAUAUUUCACUAAAAGCUUAAACUGUUAAUGUGGUUCUGCUAAUCGAAGGAAAGGUUUUGAAGCUUGACUGUUUCAACCUAUCAGUGUCGAUGAUCACUUGUUGUAGAGUUGCAGUAAUCAGUAACUUGUGUGCCUGGCUGCUGUUGUAAAGUGCUUAUUUACACUGUCCCUGCUACUUCAAAGGAAAAUCCUUGUUUAAACAAUUCACACACUUUAUUCAACCCGCUGAGCAGAAACCACCCGGACACAUUUCUAGUGUUACAUAAAGCAAAGGUGAAAAUACCAUCUUUUUACAUCAUAAGAAAUAAUAUUGUACUAGCAAAAAUGAAAUUGAUAAUUGGAUUUGUUUAAUAAUUUGAAGCACAAAGGGCUGUUUCCACGUGUCGAUAGUGACUUGUCAAUGUUCACAUCAUUACUCUGAGGGAGCACAUGUGAGUUGUAUUUAAACAGGAUUUUCCCUUUAAGAGAGCGCAGACUCCAGCUGGUGUUGACUUGCUGACAUACAUUGUUUUAAACCUUCGCUGCUGUUCACAUUUCCUGCAGUAUGUUUAAGAGCAGCGUACAUAUUGAGGACAGGGUUAUGUAGAACUGCAGGGCUGAGUUUGGGGAAAAUAACUUUCCAUUAACUGCUCUUUUUCUCUCUGCUUUCAUCCUGAAGAUUUGAAAUUCGAUCACAUGAUUUUGAAGUAUUGCUAUAAUUUUGAUUUCCAAUCAUAAAUGUGUAACAUGUUUCCUGUAUCCAUAAACUGGCACUCUUUCAAUAUGUUUUAUUUUAAGUGUUUUAGUGAUACAGCUAUCAUAUCUAAAAUGCCUUUAAAUCGAUAUCAUUAUUUCACCCCAUAAUGCCAGAUGUCCUAAGUUAAGUUGUAUUUGAACUUUAAUUUGUAUUACAAACCUCUGUCAAGCACUGAAAAUGUAAUUAAAGGGAAAACAGUUGUGGUACUUAAUUUGCAGAAUCAUAUAAUCUAUAAAGUUUAAUACAAUGUUUGCCCCUUAGAGUUAAAUUGUCUUUCUUCCACUGGUUUUCGGAGGUAAUUUGCACAUUUGGAAAUAGUCAAAAGCAGAUAAGAAUAACAACAAAAUACUUAGAAGGAUAGGUGAAGUUGCCUUGCAGGAACCUGUGUUUACUUCCUGGUUUGAAAUACUUAACACCACCAUAAGUAAUGUUAGAAACUUUUGACUGUACAUUUUUCAACAACUCCAAGAAGAUUGAUCACAAUUCGUAAAAUCUACUGCUUUUUAAAUCCUCAAAUAUUUGAUGUUUAUAUACUAAAUGUUUCUCUCACAAAACACAUUUUCAUUAGUCAGAUUCACUGAAAAUUGGAAGUUCAAGUAUCGGUUUGACAAGCGCAUUGAAGGAAAUACAGCAGCCCAUAGACCCUUCCUAAUGGACUCAAUAGAAAAGUGAAAUCUUUGUACUUUACUGUUCCCGCUGAUAAUAACAUGUUCAGUCUUUCUGUUUUUGUAAAUGUUCUUGUUGCAAAGCAAUCAUGAUGAUACAGAGUGGACUGGACUUCUCUAAAAUGUAUGUAUUGAGAACGUUGUUGCAAAAGAGGACACAAGUGUGGAUAAACAGAGAGUACAUUGCACAAAAAA